AUGACCGACCCUCGACCAGACGGGGUGGAUCAGUGCGAACCGGGAGCAUGCGAGGAAAGUUCACUGAUAACGACUGAUUCAUUCGAAGAAUUUUCCCAUGAGAUAAACAGUCUUCCGGCGGUUCAGGAAAAUGUAAACCAGCAGCAUUUGGGAGGCAACGCUGACGAAUCGACCAUUUCCGACGAUAAGGUAUGCGAGGAUGAUCGUGAAAGUUUGUCGAAUGAUGGCAAUAUAACGAGGGUGCAGGAUGGUGUAAACACAGACCAUCCGGUUGAUGGUGCGAUGAGUAAAUCGAGUUCGUUUAGCAGUGCAAAAAGCAGAGAAUUCGAUGCUUCUACCACAAGUCUGGCUGAAACAACGGAACCAAGUAGCGGUGGAAAUGUAAUGCUAGGGACAGAGCAGGAAACGGGUGACUAUCUACAUGAUACCGAGUUCCUGAAUCGCAAGCGGCAUGUUUUCAUUUUAAGCACGGCUGGGAAACCAAUCUACUCGAUGCAUGGCAAUGAGGACAAAUUGGCCACCUUGUUUGGGGUGAUGCAGGCGCUAGUAAGCUUUAUCCAAAGUGGCAACGACACGAUCAAGUCGAUUCAUGCCGCCGGAGUGAAGUUUGUGUUUUUGGUCAAGUCACCUCUUAUAUUGGUUGCGGUUUCGAGAACAUCGCAUAGUGUGCAACAGAUACAGUUACAACUGACUGACGUGUACAACCAAAUUCUUUCCACGCUUACGCUUAGUCAAAUGAUCAAAACGUUCGAAAGGCGAAAAAACUUUGAUCUUCGUCGCUUGCUAGCGGGCAGUGAACGGUUGAUCGAUCAUCUGUUGGUUAGUGACAAGUGCGAUCGGAAGCUGGUAUCGAACAAUCCGUUUAGCUUUAUGACACACUCGGUGCGCAUCUUGCCAUUGCAACCGUCCGUGCGAGAAACGGUCGUUUCCGCCAUACAGAGCAACUGUGGCAAGAUUAAGAACCUGGUGUUUGCAGUAUUAAUUGCCAACAACAAGUUGAUUGCGCUCGUGCGCAUGAAGAAGUAUUUCAUCCAUCCGGCCGAUUUACGACUCAUUUUUAAUCUGAUCGAAUGUUCCGAGAGCUUCAAGUCGGCAGAAAGUUGGACACCACUGUGUUUGCCAAAGUUUGAUUCGAGCGGGUUUCUGCAUGCGCAUGUAUCAUACCUUGCCGAAGACUGCCAAGCCUGUUUAUUGCUACUAUCGAUCGAGCGGGAUGUUUUCUAUACACUGUCCGAAGCCAAACGAAAGAUCACUGAGAAAUUACGUCGAAGUAACUGUCUCGAAGCAAUCAACGAUGCGAUCAAUAACAAAGGAAUUAAGUUGUUGAACAUUGGCAUUCCGGAGAUACGCCACUUUCUGUACAAAAGCAAAUCUAACGCCCAGCUGCUCUGCUCGGAACUUACGGUACCGUAUUCCAGCGGCGAACAAUUUAAGCGUCUGGAGGGGAUGUACUUUCAGCUGCAUCAUCGCAUACAUAAUUCCGGUCGGCCAGUAAAGCUGAUCUACCAGAUGAAGGAAAAGGAAGUGCUGCUUGCAUGGGUGACGCAAGCGUACGAAUUGUUUGUAACGUUUGAACCGACGGUUGAGAAGAACGAAGUGAUCAGUCUUGUAAAUAAGCUGCUCAAGUGGAUCAAGAAGGAGGAAAACAGUCUGUUUAUCCUAUCUGCCCCAACGUUCUAG